CUAGAAUAUUUGGAUUUAUCAAAUAAUUGGAAAAUUAAAAAGAUUGAAAAUUUAGGUAAUUUGCAAAACCUAAAAACAUUAAUACUAGGAACAAAUAUUCAAAACAUUGAAAAUUUAGACGAAUUGAUUAAUCUAGAAUAUUUGGAUUUAUCAUGUAAUAAGAGUAUUUUGAACAUUGAAAAUUUAAACAAAUUGACAAAUCUAGUAUAUUUGGAUUUAUCACAUAAUUGGAAUAUUAAAAAGAUUGAAAAUUUAGAUACAUUAGUUAAGUUGAAGGUCUUAAAUUUAUCAUUUGAUGACAUCACAGAAAUUGAAAACUUGGAUAGAUUAGUUAAUCUCACAAACCUUAACUUUUCUGGGAAUAGUAUCACAGAAAUUAAUGGAUUGUCGAAAUUAACUGCAUUGAAUGAAUUAAAUCUUAGUGAUAAUUUGAUUCAUAAAAUUCAAAAUUUGUCCACUUUGGUUCAUCUAACUACACUAGAGUUGCUGAAUAAUAAGAUUACCAAAAUUCAAAAUCUAUCAAAACUAACAAAUCUAAAAGUUCUAAAGUUGAAAGGUAAUAAGAUUGAUAAA